CUGAACGUCAACAACAUCGAGGUCAUCUACGACCACGUUAUCCUCGUCCUCAAGGGCGUGUCCCUGGAGGUGCCGGAGGGGCGCAUCGUCACCCUGCUCGGCGCCAACGGGGCGGGCAAGACGACGACGCUGAAAGCCAUCUCCAACCUGCUGCGCGUCGAGCGCGGCGAGGUCACCAAGGGCAGCAUCGAGUACCGUGGUCAGCGGAUCGACCGGCUCAACCCGUCGGCCCUGGUGCGCCAGGGCAUCAUCCAGCGGCGGCAUGCCAUGGCCGGCUACGUGUCCGGGGGCGAGCAGCAGAUGAUGGUGAUCGGUCGCGCCCUGAUGGCCCGCCCCAAGCUCAUCCUGCUGGACGAGCCGUCCAUGGGCCUGGCGCCCCAGCUGGUGGCCGAAAUCUUCGACAUUGUGGCGCGACUCAACCGCGAGGAGGGCGUCAGCUUUCUUCUCGCCGAGCAGAACGCCACGGUGGCGCUGCGGGUCGCCGAUUACGGCUACGUGCUGGAAAACGGCAGAGUGGUGCUGGAUGGCGACGCCGAGACCCUGCGCACCAACGAGGACGUGAAGGAAUUCUAUCUGGGAUUGGGCACUGCCGGGCGCCGCAGCUACCGCGACGUCAAACACAUCGGCGCCGCAACGCUGGCUUGCCUGAGGUCGGCACGGGCGGCGGGAGAGGACAAACAAAUGGACAAAACACAACGCGAGGCGGGCGCCGCGGCGGCGAGUUUCUACGACGCGCUGCGCAGCGGCUCGGUGUCAUCAGCUGCGCUGGGAUACGGGGGCGAUUUCGUCGGCCAGGAAUGCACCCUGCUGCCGCGGGAAAUGCUCAUCUUCGCGCGCCGGCUGGGGUCGGCGCCGGAACGUCGGUUCUGGACGUGGGCAGCGGCACGGGCGGCCCGGCGUGCUUUUUCGCCGAGCAACUCGACUGCC